UACUGGGCAUAGUCUACGCCUAUCAUAUAAAUAGAUUGAAUAUAUAAAUAUAUAUAAUAUUAUUUACUGUAUAUAUUUAGUUGUAGUUAGAAUUAGGAUUUAAUUGUAAAGUUGUCCCUUAAGGUAGUGUUAAUUAUUUGUAAUAAUGCCGAUCGAUAUCUAUUAUAUUAAAUACAGUCCGCCGUGUCGUGCGGUUCAUAUGGUGGCCAAACAGUUGAACAUUGAUUUGAACUUYAAAAUUGUCGAUUUGAGUGAAGGAGAACAUUUGAAAGAAGAUUUCCUAAAACUAAAUCCGUUUCAUACAAUUCCCGUCAUUGAUGACGACGGCUUUGUUUUGUGGGAAAGUAGGGCUAUAUUGCAGUAUCUGUGCAAUCAAUACACACCCGACAGCACUCUCUAUCCGAAAGACCCUAAGAAGAGGGCUAUCGUAGACCGUUGGCUCAACUUUGACCUCUCGUUUUUUAAUAACUUUAGAGAUGCAGUGGCUAAACCCAAAUUCAUGGACCAGGAGCCAAAUGAACAGUCAGUUAAGACUAUGAACGAUAGCCUCAAACUUGUUGACCAAUUAAUUGGUAACAAUAAGUAUUUGACAGGCAAUGAGUUAACCAUCGCUGACCUAUCAUUAUUGGCUUCAAUAUUCACGGCUCAACAUUAUUUGGGCACUUCUUUGGAUAACUUUCCUAAUGUUAACAAUUGGAUGACUGAGUUGACCAAAGAGUUACCAGACUUUGAUGAGAUAAACAAAUUUGAUCAUGGUGAUGUUAAACAAUAUAUGGACAAAACAAUAAUGUCUAUAGAUUUGUAUAUUAUGCAAUUGAGUCCUCCGUGUAGGUCUGUCCUCAUGACCUGUCGGGAGCUUAACAUCGAUGUCAACAUCAAAACUGUUGAUCUCAGCGAAGAUCAACACAAAACUCCCGAGUUUUUGAAGUUGAAUCCAUGUCAUACUGUUCCUACACUCGAUGAUAAUGGUUUCGUUAUGUGGGAAAGUCGUGCUAUUAUGCAGUAUCUGUGCAAUCAAUAUGCGCCCGAUAGUACACUCUACCCGUCAGACCCUAAAAAGCGUGCACUUGUGGAUCGUUGGCUUAAUUUUGAUAUGAGUUUUUUGCAGUCACAACGUGAAGGACUGUUUACAAAACUGUUGACAGGAGUGGAUCCACCCGAAGAAAAAGUUAAUGCAUUGAAAAAUAAUUUGAAAUUAUUGGACACAUUAAUCGGUGACAACAAGUAUUUAGUAUCCGAUAACUUGACUAUUGCUGAUCUGACAGUAUUGGCCACAAGUGUUACACUCGAUAACUUGGACUUUGAUAUUGAAUCCUAUCCUAACCUAAAGCGCUGGUAUAGUAUAUUGAGCUCAGAGUUACCUUAUUUUGAAAAAAUUAAUCAUUUGGACAAAAAUGAAGCCAAACAUUACUUCGACAAAAUUAAGGCUAAAAUUGCAGCACAAACUGUCAACAAAUAAUAGAUAAUUUAUAUUAUUAUAU